CGUAACUUGUAACUAGCCAGAUUUCUUGCAUUCAUUAUUCAACAGAUACGCUGCCAGUGCCUGUUAAAGACACGGCAUGGUGCCAGGCAUUCAGGGGCUAGACCAAAGAAGACUUUGCCCAAGUGCCAGUAUGGAGCAGGUGUCAUCAACAGGCAAACCCGUGCAGAUCACUGUGACAGAUGGAUAUGACUUGAAAGGUUUUAAAGGAGAUACUCCAGUUACCUUUAUUCGUGCAGAAUUCAAUCAGGUGGUUCUGGGAGAUUCUGCAAAAGUUACUGUUUCUCCAGAAGGAACUGCAAAAUACAACUUCACUAGCAGUUUUGAGUUCAAUCCUGAAGGAGGAAUCACUUUAGAUGACCUCGCCCACAAACCUGUGUGCUUAACUGUGAUUGCAGUUUUACCAAAAGAAAAGAAACAGAAAGAUGAGAAGACCUUAAUUCUUGGUCAAGCCGUGGUGGACCUUCUUCCUUUACUAGAAGGAGAGAGUUCAUUUGAAAUGAUGGUCCCAUUGCACGCGGUGCCAGGCUCACCUUUAGAACCUCUUCGAUCAGGUGUUAAGCAGUGCAGUCUUGAAGUUAAAGUAUUUGUGUCGGAGCCCUUAUUGACCCCAGCCCAGAUCUCAGGAGGCAGUCUGCUGAAGGUCACAUUGGAAGCUGCCUACUCUGUGCCUGAAUCCUUCAUUCUACUAGGGCCUGUGCAUAACUACAUGGUUGGUCUGCAAGUUCCAUCUGUUGGAGAGAAAGACUAUCCCAUUUUGUUCAAGAAUGGAACUCUGAAGCUUGGAGGGGAAAGAGAACCUGUUCCCCGGCCCAAAAAAUGGCCUGUUGCCAACAUUCAGGCUCCAGGAGCUAAUAACAUUCCUGAUGCAUUCAUUGUUGGGGGGCCCUAUGAGGAAGAAGAAGGAGAACUCAACCACCCUGAGGACAAGGAAUUUAGGAACCAAGCAGAGUGCAUAAAGAAAAGGAUUAUUUGGGACUUAGAAAGCCGCUGCUACCUUGAUCCUCCUGCAGUGGUCAGUUUUCAGAAGCGAAUUGCUGAUUGCCGAUUUUGGCCUGUAGAGAUCACAAGAGUUCCUCUGACCGUUGCACCCAAAGGGAAAGCUGCCAAAUUUGAUAAGACUGAUGAUGAAAAUCAGCUUUCAUUUCAUGGUGUGGCUUAUGUUAAUAUGGUCCCAUUGCUGUAUCCAGGUGUGAAGAGGAUUCGGGGAGCUUUUCAUGUUUACCCUUACCUAGACAGUUCAGUCUAUGAAAAGACCAAGUGUUUAUUUAGCUUGUUCCGGGAUACUGGCCAUCAUUUGAUUCAGAAUAAUAAAGUAGGAGGAAUUAAUUCUCCAUUCUCCAAACCAGUUGUUUCUAAAAACCUGAAAGAAGAUAAAACAGUUAAAGAAAAGGACAUAGAAGGAAGGCCUAGGCCUGGGGAUGUGCAAGCACCUAGUAUAAAAUCUCAGAGCUCAGAUACUCCUUUGGAAUUCGAACCCUCUCUAUGCCACAAUACAGAAGGACAGCAAUAUGUAGAAGCAGGGACAUACAUUGUUUUGGAGAUUGAGCUGGACAAAGCCUUGGUUCCAAAGCGAAUGCCUGAGGAGCUAGCCAAAAGUGUCAAGGAAAUGAUUCCUCCAAGGCCACCUCUUACCCGUCGGACGGGAGGAGCUCAGAAGGCGGUGAGUGACUACCACAUGCAGAUCAAGAACAUUUCUAGAGCCAUUCUGGAUGAGUAUCACAGGAUGUUUGGAAAACAGGCAGCCAAACUGGGGAGUGAUAUGGAUAGUGAAACCCUGGAGGAACAGAAGUGCCAGCUCAGCUAUGAACUUAAUUGCUCUGGAAAAUACUUUGCUUUCAAAGAACAACUCAAGCAUGUUGUGGUAAAGAUUGUGAGAGAGAAGUACUUGAAGACAACAUCAUUUGAAAGCCAGGAGGAACUGCAGACAUUUAUUAGUGAGCUCUAUGUGUUCUUGGUGGAUCAGAUGCAUGUGGCCUUAAACCAGACCAUGCCAGAUGACGUCCAAGGCACUGUUUCAACCAUUUAUACGACUAGUGAACAGCUUCGACUCUUUGCAUUUGAAGCAGAAGUCAAUGAGAACUUUGAAAUGGCAGCAGUGUAUUAUGAAGAGAGGUUGGUCCGUGAGCCCCAGAACCUGGAACACUGGCUAGACUAUGGUGCUUUCUGCCUCCUAACUGAGGACAACGUCAAAGCACAGGAGUGUUUUCGGAAAGCCCUUUCCCUCAACCAGAAUCAUAUCCACAGCUUGUUGCUGUGUGGUGUCCUGGCUGUCCUGAUGGAGAACUAUGAGCAGGCAGAAGUUUUCUUUGAGGAUGCUACUUGCUUGGAACCAACUAAUGUUGUAGCUUGGACUUUACUUGGUUUGUACUAUGAAAUUCAAAACAAUGAUAUUCGAAUGGAAAUGGCAUUUCAUGAGGCCUUCAAACAGCUUCAGGCACAAGUGCUUCAGGCACGAGUAACGAAGCAGAAGAGCACUGGUACUGUAGACUACGUGGAAGAAGGAGGGAAAGUAGAAUCCAGUUUAGACCCUUGGGGAAUUGCUAGUGGUUCUUCUACCACAGCAAUCAAGGUGGAAGCCCCAGCAGGACCAGGAGCUCCGUUAUCCAGUCUAGAUGAAUUUCUUGAAGCCUCCAAACUGCGGUCUGAUUCACGAGAACCCAUUUUGUCUAUACAUUCUCAGGAUCCAACUAUCAGCCAAAAACUAUCCAACGUAUUUCUCAAGGAGAUACCAGCAAAAAAAGAAGCAUCAAAAUGUCAAGAUUCAUCGACUUUUCUGCAUCCCACUCCUUAUGGUGUUUCCCAAACUCCUACCACCAUCUUCAUGGAGACCAUACGCUUCUUGGUGAAGUUCAAUGCUGUGCAGUAUGUGCAUAGAGUGCUUGCACAUGAGCUGUUAUGCCCUCAAGGAGGCCCCAGCUGUGAGUAUUACUUGGUGCUAGCCCAGACACACCUUCUCAAGAAGGACUUUGCUAAGGCAGAGGAAUACCUUCAACAAGCAGCCCAGAUGGACUACCUGAACCCUAACGUCUGGGGUGUGAAGGGCCAUCUCUGUUUUCUGAGUGGAAACCAUGCUGAGGCUAAGGCAUGCUAUGAGCGAACCAUUAGUUUUGUAGUGGAUGCUUCUGAGAUGCACUUCAUCUUCCUGCGACUGGGGCACAUCUAUCUGGAAGAGAAUGAGUAUGAAAAGGCAAAGAAAACCUACCUGCAAGCCUGUAAGAGAUCACCUUCAUGCCUUACCUGGCUAGGACUGGGAAUUGCCUGUUAUCGGCUGGAGGAGCUCACGGAGGCUGAGGAUGCUCUCUCUGAAGCCAAUGCAUUGAACAACUACAAUGCUGAAGUAUGGGCAUAUCUGGCUCUGGUCUGCCUGAAAGCUGGUCGGCACCUGGAAGCUGAGCAGGCCUACAAGUACACGAGGAAGCUGAAAUUGAAAGACGAGGCUCUGCUUGCCGAGAUCCACAAGGUACAGGAGACAGUUGGCUUUGGAAACCCAUCUUUCUGAUAUCCUUCCAGCUGAAGAAUUUUCUGUAUAGGACUCUGAGCUCCUUUCCUUCCCAGAGAAAUUAAACCCUGGAAGUUUCACCAUAUGAGGCCUGGAGAUGGAGAACAAAAGAAUCUUCACCAUAAACAGAAACCCAUUCACUUAUUCCCAUUGGCUGUCUUACUGGAUGGCUACAUUACUGGAUGUUUUACUGGUUAACAGUAAACUGAAUGACAAUAAAAAAUGGAAAUAAGAAAUUCAAAA